CCCGACUCCCUGACGGAGCCACAAAUCGAAGAAGAAAAAAUACAAAAUAAAAAGGGGGGGGGGGCAUUAUUUGACUCCGUCACUGCAAAAAGUAUCGGGUAAGCCGCAGGAAACACGCUACAUGGCAUCGACGGCCUCCCCGUUCCAGAGCCGGAGUCCGGAAUGAUGCUGCGGGGGCCAGGCCUCAAUCCCCCCCCCCCCAGUGUCGAUACCUUUAAGAUCGGCAGACAUUGACCCCGUCUACAUGGACGCCAUUUCGAAUCCUUUCCGCCCGCUCGUCUGCCCUUGGCGCGAGUGCGUACUUCGUGGCCGGUGCCGGGGUGGCGGAGGUGCAGAGGCCUCGGUUGCCCGUUCGAUAUCUUGCGAAUGGGGGUCCGGAGAGGGGGGGAGUAGGUGUCAACUACGUCGUGCAUAUGUGCGAAAGUGCAUGAACUGCAGGACAACACACAGGUGGACACGCUGGUUGCGGUCUCCUUUGUGGCCUGAAGGGCGUUUUCCCGUGCUUACGCUGGUCUGGCGAACGAUGCAGUCCAACGGGAACGAACGGUAUUGCAUGCGUUGGCUUGCGUGGAUGAUGGCACCUCUUUACUUCUUCAUGAGCAGAGCAGCAUGCCAUGUUUUGUGUACAAGGGCGGUAUGUCAUGAUGGGCUUUUCCCCCAUACAACACCUUCCCGGGGGGGCGCUAUGUUGUUACUUUGUAACGCGGAGGACCACAUCAUCAAAUGCGUUCCAUAUCUCGUCAUAUUCUUUUUAUAGCCCUUAAUAUAACGUCGGGUAGACGCAUAAAUUCACAAGCUCAUCUCAGC